AUGUCUCUGUUCUGCUAUGAAUGUGACUGCAGCGGUACAGGAUUCCAGGGUGACUACUGCGAGGUGGACAUUCCAGAGUGUGCCUCUGAUCCCUGUCAGCAUGGUGCCUCAUGUUUAGAGGGAGUCAACGAAUACACUUGCCUCUGCUGGCCAGGUUACGAAGGCCCAAACUGCGAGAUCGAUAUAGACGAGUGUGCCGAGCAGCCCUGUGAGAACGGCGGGGAAUGUUUUGAGCGUUCGGAUCCAUCUCACUGGGAGCACGACUGGGAGCUCAGCUUUGCGGAUGCAGCAGGAUAUAUCUGCCAGUGUCAGCCGGGGUUUGCAGGAGAGAACUGCUCUGUCAACAUUGACGAGUGUGAGUCUGAACCCUGCCAGAAUGGAGGCACUUGUGAGGAUAAGGUCAACGGCUACACCUGUACAUGCUCUCUAGGAUUUCUAGGUGAGCUGUGUGAGGUGAACAUUGACGAGUGUGAGAGCCAACCCUGCCAGAACGGCGGCUGGUGUGAGGACGGCAGGGCCUCCUACACUUGCCACUGUCCCGAGGCGGAGCCCGGUGAACUCCCCUGGGGAGGCGAUCACUGCGACGUGAAACUCUACGGCUGUGUGGACCACGAAUGCCAGAACGGAGCCACCUGCCACCCGUGGCUGGAGGGUGGAGAACAGGGUCACACGUGCCUGUGCCCUCACGGCUUCUACGAUGAGCAGUGCUCUACGAGGACGACAUUCUCCUUCUCCACUCCUGGAUUCAUUCACAUCCAGGUUGUGCUAGAAGAAAGGACCCGGAGGGAGGUCGAGCACAGCGUUCACCGUGGUGUUGGGGUGCAGCUGCGCUUCCGGACAACUCUGCCUGACAUGUUGCUCUUCUACAGAGGGGAUGCGGACAAUCACCUCAUCUUGGAGAUCGUGAAGGGCGGUCUUCGUGCAAAAGCCUUUUCUGAGGAGUCUGAACUGGAUGUAACAUUUCUUGGUUUGGUCAGCGAUGGAGAGUGGCGGGAGGCUCACGUGUUUGUAGAUAUGGAAGGCCUGGUUCUGAUUCUGAAAGGCCGGGGCUGUGACAGGGACGGAUGCAGAGUUACAGAUGGCGGUGCUGAUGAACCACCCUUCCAGCCCUCUGAAGACUUCACUCAGAUGUAUGUCGGCGGAGCACCAGAGGAGCUUUUAGAGUUAUCUGCAAGCGGUGCAAGCUUCAUUGGAUGUAUGGAAGACCUGAUGAUCGACUCUAAGCCUAUCCUACCGCACACCCUUCCAAAGGACCAAGGCCAUGAGCUGGGAUGCAGUAAGACAGAUUGGUGUAAGCCUGACCCCUGCCAUGGGUAUGGACGCUGUGUGGACCUGUGGACCAGCUAUCAGUGUGACUGCUACCGUCCCUUCCAUAGCGAGAACUGCUCUGAAGAGUUCCCGUCGUGGACAUACAGCCAUGAGGACACAGUGAGCUUCAGUGUCUAUGAUGUAGGCAGAAGCCACAAGAGCAACUUCAGUGUGUCCUUCUUCCUGAGGUCCUUGAAGCCAGACGGGCUGCUGUUCCAGCUAAGGAGACCCACGGAGGAAGAGGGCGGAGAUGUCUACUUCUCCGUCUACCUGGGGAUGGGGAGGGUUUUUGUCAGCUCGCUGCCUAACAGCGCCCCACUAACAGCUCCCAUAUUUGUGACCACCGGUGAGAAGCAACUUCUGCAGGUGGAGGUCCACCACAGACAGGUGAUCUUUGAGCAUGCAGGCCUUCGCUACGGGAUAGGAGAGAUCCCUGAGGUGAAUGUCAACAGUGGGGAUCAGGCUUAUGUAGGGGGACUCCCAGGAGACUGGGGCUCCGACAUGUGGGGGGGGCAUUACAAAGGCUGCCUGCAGGACCUUCGCUUAGACUCGGUGCAUCUAGAUGUGGAUGCCUGGAACAGUUCGGACAAGGAGGGAGUGUAUCUACCAAGUGAUGCUGAAAAUGUGAAGAAGGCCUGCGUCAGUGACAAUACUUGCAAGGUGAAGCCUUGUCUAAAUGGAGGAGAAUGCACCGUCACGUUCAACGAUUUCUCGUGUUCGUGUCUGGCGGAAUACACCGGAAAGACCUGCGAAACACGCGUGUGGUGUGUGAGCGAUCCUUGUGUCAAUGGCGGCCACUGUGUGGACCUUCCUGAUGGAUAUGAAUGUGUGAACAACGCCACGUUUGAGAACAACCCUGUGCACUACAGCGCUGGAGGCUCCCUGGCUGAACCCGUCUCUAGCAUAUACAUGGAGCUGCGGACCCGUUCAGAGAACGCUGUGAUCCUGAGGGCCUCCCGGGGCUCUGACCUGCUGAUGGUGGGUCUGCUGGACUCGUCGGUCCGGGUGGAGAUCCACAUUGGCAACAGCGUUGAGGCGCUGGCCUUCACGGGAGUUCGCCGGGUGGCCGACGGGGGCUGGCACCGCGUGAACAUCUCCAUGGCCAACAAGGAGCGCAAAGCCUCUCCCUGGGUCAUCACCGUGGACGGAAUCACAGACGCCAGCAGCGGGCCGGAGCGCGCAGGAAGCGUUCGCUUUCUCAACGACAAGGGGGCCACGUUGGCCAUCGCAGAGAGCUUCACCGGCUGCUUGGGGGCGGUGAGGGUCGGCGGAGUCUAUCUUCCUUUUGUGGGUGACUAUAAAGCCCCGCAGCCGUCUCAGUUCCACCUAGCUGGAAAACCAAAGAUCCAUUUGGGUUGCACCAGUGCCCCUGUUUGUGACUCAGAUCCUUGUGUAAAUGGAGCCACUUGUGAAGACCUCUUUAACAAACUCGGUUGCGUCUGUGACUCGGGUUGGGAGGGAGAGCUGUGCGAGACGGACACCGAUGACUGUGCGUCUCAGCCCUGCGUCCAUGGGAGCUGUAAGGACUACUUGGCUGGUUUCGAGUGCCGUUGCCACCCCGGAUAUGCUGGUGCGCUCUGUGAUGAGGACCUUGACGAGUGUGAGCGUCACGCCUGUGAACAUGGAGGCACCUGUCACGACGGACCCAACAUGUAUACCUGUACGUGCUCCAAGGGCUACAGCGGCCCUCGCUGCCAGUGGAACUAUCCUCCAAUACAGUGUGGUGAAGAUGUCCGCUGUGAAAAUGAUGGAGUCUGCGAUGAUGGGCUGUGGGGAGCUAACUGUACAUGUAUGCCUGGUUUUACAGGCAGCAGGUGUGAAUUGGAGAUUGAUGAGUGUGAGUCGAACCCCUGUCGAAACGGCGGCUCCUGUUUGGAUCGAUUCAACAUGUUUGUGUGUGAAUGCCCGCCUGGCUACAGCGGCCCGACCUGUGACACUAACAAACAAGCCCACAAACAAGUUAUCCCCUGGCUGGUGGUGGCCAUCCCGCUGCUCUGCCUCUGCGUGUUGACCCUGAUCAUCGGCUUGACCUUCGUGGCGCUCACGGCGAGGAAGAAGCGCCAGUCGGAGGGCGCCUACAGCCCCAGCACCCAGGAGGUGGCCGGGGCUCGGCUGGAGAUGGACAGCAUGCUCAAAGUCCCACCGGAGGAAAGACUCAUCUGAUGCAAAAGAACGAAAAAUGAAGGGUGUGAGAGGGGGGGUCCGAGCUCCUCGGGCAGGUUGCUUGGGACUCUCUAUGAAACACACUCUGGGCUGAACUCUGUGUUGUGGGCCACAGCCCCCUCCUGGUGGUGACCAGGUACUGAACCAUGAGCUGCUGCUCUGUGUGCCCCAACAGUCCCAAGUCCUUGGUAUACCACGAUAGAAAUAGAACAUAUUUUAUUUCUACGCUCUACACACUGUAGUUUGUCCACAGCAGGGCCUUAGUAGUCCUAACUAGUGCAGAGAGGACAGUUUAAGGGCUCUCCUUCCCAGUGAAGCGCUACAAGCACACACACUGUCAGAAAUGUCUUCUCAGAGUCAAAGGCUCACCUGUGGUGCUGCCGGAGACCAGGUUGCAUUCUCACAAACGCAUUGUGAUUAGACGCUUGGGGCCCUGCUGUUAGCAGCAUCCAGUCCAGUCAAGCUAAUACGCAGGGCUGUGAGGCUGCAGUUCCUCUAUUGGCCACUAGAUGCUGGCUGGAAGAAAAAGACCGUUCUAAUAGCACAAAGAAAGGAAACUUCUCUGUCCAGUUUUACUUGUAAUGUGAGUCUUAGUGGUGACCACUGCGUGGUUCUUGUCUGAGCUUCGACCCAGAGCUCUUUUGAUUCAUCAUUAUUUUGUAGCGUCGUCUUCUUCUGCUCUCCUCGAAGCCCUGAUAUUCACAUAACCCACCUCCGCUUUUCACGUCCAACAAACAAGCUUGCAUAGUUUUUUCACACGGUAUGAAGGUAGGAUUGAUUACAUCAAGCUUUACUACAGACUGCACCAGAAUGGAGGACUGAGCGAGUUUCAUUUGCCUCGAAACUCAAGACACGCAAAAUGGCGUUCACAGGUUUUCUCAGCGGUGAAAUCAGCGCCGUCAAACUGUGACGCCCACCUCCUGUCAAUGCCGGAAUGCCAGCGGAUGCACAUCUUUUGCUCAACGUUCAAUUUUGUUGAAUUUUUGUUUCUGCAAAAAGCUGCUGCACUCUCCGGUUGACGCCGGCGGCCUGGCUCUGCACAAGUUUGCACUUGUGCAUUUGGUGUGAAAAGCAAGACGAGGCUCCGCGCUCUUUCUGGUCCCACUUACUGACAAAAAAUGACAGCUGGUGGUGAAUCCAAAACAAGAUUGGCGUCAAUUAACGAAUCAAAUCCUCGCUAUAAGGUACUGUGUUACGGCACUGCGACAAUCUGGUGAGUUCUGUCGCAAAAACUCACCCAAGAGCACCAGAAAGAUGUACGGCACCUUAAGUGGAAUGAGCUCAUGAGAAGAU